GGCUCUUCCUUGAGAGUGUCAAGAAGGCAACAUGGCUGCCGAUAGUGUCUUUGAUGGGACUUAACCUAAUUUUCGUUGCACGUUGGGAAUGUAAUCAAGACAAUGACAAACUUUGGGAAAGGCAGAAGGAAAGGAAAUAACUGGCUGAGACCGUUAGUAUACACUCCAUCAUUUAUGGAUCUUGAGAAAUACCUUCCUAAGCCUAAUGAAAGAGAUCUAUCUGCUUUCACCUGGAAAACCCCUAAGCCAUCAAUGCCAUCAGAAUACAAGUCAAAAUUUGAUGCCCAGUAUAGUGACAGAAAAAGUACAAACUCUAAUUCCUCAAUAUCUACAUGUACAAGUUCAGCAACUUCUUCAGAUCAGACAGCAAUAAGUGUGAAUGUCACAAAUAAACAAAGAACAAAAAGCUUUAGCCAUGGUAAGGCGCUGAACGGCUGGAGCAGAGAAAGUACUGGAAGAAGACCACCCAAGCGCCGUCAUCACUCUACUGUAACUCCAGGCUUUCAAGAGGAAGUCAUUACCAAGCGAGUGAAAAGAUGUAGUACUUCCCAAGUUACAUGUAAUAAUACUGCCAGGUCAUUGAGAUUUCAGCAGUUUGAAGUAGAACCACCUGUUUUUACCCUGGAAACACUUACCCAAGAGAUACAAGAAGAAUGCUUGAAAUGUGUGCAAACUGUUGAGACACUGGAAAAGAAAUUAAAGUUGAAAUCUUUUCUAGAAAGAACUUUGUCACCAUUUUUUCCAGGUUGUUCUUUACAUCUCUGUGGCUCGUCAAGCAAUGGCUUUGGUGGCAAUACUAGUGAUGCUGAUUUCUGUUUGAUUUUAAAACAUCUACAGCAGUCAAACAACAGACGAGAAGCUCUGCCAAUUUUGGGGAAAAUUCAGAGAGUAUUGAGUAAUGACCCUAAAAACACCUUCCUUAGUAGAUGCACAGUUAUUCCUGCUGGUGUACCAAUUUUAAAAUUCAAGGAUAUGAUCAGUGGCUGUGAGUGUGACAUCAACAUUAAUAACAUUGUGGGUUUGAGGAACACUCACUUGCUAAGAGCCUACUGUGGAGUGGAUUAUCGUGUCCAGCCGCUGGUGAUGUUAGUUAAGAGGUGGGCAAAAACACAUGACAUCAAUGAUGCCAGCCUGGGGACACUCUCUAGUUAUGCUCUUGCUCUUAUGGUCAUUCACUAUCUACAAGGUGUAUGUAAACCUGCUGUAGUUCCUGUCUUACAAAGGCAAUAUCCAGCAUUGUUCAGAUACACAAGUGACUUCUCAAGCCUUUUGACACAGAAUCCAUGUAAACAUAUGGUCUGUAACAAAUCAGAGAACAGGCAAUCUAUAGGAGAGCUAUUUAUUGGAUUCUUCAAAUAUUAUGCAAUGGAAUUUAGCUGGAGUACUGAUUAUAUUAGCAUCGCAAUGGGUGCUGCUUAUCCAAGAGAUUCAGAAUGGAAAAGGAAGUUGAUUUUCGUAGAAGAACCUUUUGAUGGUAAUAAUGUGGCCAAAGCUGUCUGUAGUGUUGAAAAUUUUGAAAACAUCAAAAUGAAAUUCAGGCUGGCGUGGCAAACACUGAAUUUAUCACCAAGUCUGGAGAGCAUCAAGGUUACCUGAUUUAAAGUUGUUUUUGAAACCCCGCCAAUUACCAUUUUGUUAUGCAAAUGCAAAAUUGAACACGAGCACUUGCCAGCUUUCACAACCUCGACUACGGCAAACCUGGCUUUUAUCAAAGCAAGACCGUACACCAACUCACUUGUGUCUUGUACGAGUAGACGAUACGCUAUAGACAAGGAUAUAGGUAUACUAUCCAACUGCCUUCCACGUUUAAUAUUCUUUAACGGAAGAGCCGUACGUGAUCGUGUCUAUAUUGUGUACAUGUCGAUCGUGUAUAUAUUGCGUACUCGUCAGAAUUUGGAGAGAAAUUCGUCUCACUGCUGUUUUUAAAAAUACUUAAGAUUUUCAGUGUACAUGUGUUGACCAAAAAAAAAAAAAAAGAUUCGAAGAGUCUUCAUGAAACGCGGUACUUUUCUGAUGACGUUCGGUCACCAUAGCGUUCGAUUAACAAGUGCAGAUUCGUAAAGCUUUCUUACCACAACCUUUAAUGAGAAGUGAACUUCAUUAAGCAUGACAUACUACUUUCAUGUACAUAUUUAAAUUUUAAUAACGACUUAAGCUACUGCGCCAUGUUAUUGCAUUUACCAGUCUGAAAUUGGCAUUGCUUCACCAUCUCCAAAUUUUAUUAACAUUCUUAAACGUUACAUGAUAUAAAUUUUCAGACCCUUCCUAUUUAUCUAACAGCACAUCUAGCGUUUUGUAUGUUUAAAUUAAUUGUUAGAAUUUAAUUAAUAAAGUGUAUAUGAAAUUUGA